UUUUGAAAUUCACAUUCUGAUUUUAAUGCAAAAAAAAAAACAGCAUUAGAAAUUAAAAUUCAAAAUCAGAUGGCACAGAUUUACUUCCAUACAUUCUGUUUUAUUUGAGUAAAUGACAUCAAUUUUCUCUCUUUUAUUAUUAUUAUUUUUGUUUUAUUUUAUAAGUCACUGGUAAUUCUGUCCCCGGUCUCCUGUACCCCCCUCGCUUUGUUUGAUACACAUCUGGAUUAUUAAUUAGAAGCUGGCAUGUGACGUAACGCCUCGUGCUGGUGUCGUAAAUCAUCGUCCUUUUCCGUGACCGUUCGCGCCUCCUGAAGAGCCGACGCCGCUGAUGUCACAGAGCAGCAGUCUGUGGAGGAGCCGAGCAGGAGGAAGGACGCUGAUGAAGAAGGAGAUGAGGAUGAUGGCGGCCGUUAGAGCGCUUUUCUAACACUCAGUCUCAUCAGGAAACGGUAAUCUUCGGGUAGAGAUGGAGGGGCGCGUUAUUCCGGACCAGGAGCAGCUCGUCCUGUUUCUGAAGAGGCUGAAGGAGGUUUUCGACGUGUGUGACGAGGAUGCUGACGGCUUCAUCCGGGUGGAGCACCUGGUGGACCUCGGUCUUCAGUUCGGUCAAGGAGACGAGGUGAGAGGGAGACUAACGACGGAGGGAUUAGCCCGUUUACCCCUUUGUUCAGUCUCUGUUUAAUUAUCUGUUUAUUAGAUAUUUAAUGAAACAGUUCAUUAGAAUCAGGUGUCUUCAGAUGGACCUUCUAGAUAACCUGUCCUGGUUAGAAAUGUCACAGGUGAGCUGCUGCAGAGGUGUCAGCAUCAAACACUCAUCAUCCUCUCAUCAGCUGGGAGCUAGCUUUUAUUAAAACAUCUUUAUUAUUUCAUAUUAAUAUAACAACAACAACAAAAAAUGUCUGCUUUUUUUUAACCACAUAAUUUCCUAUCCUCCCCAUUAUCCCCUAGUACGGUGGCCAAGAACUGCCACUACUGGGAAUAAAAAAAAUAAAUGCAAAAAAAAAAGUUACUGGAAAAAAAAAAAGAAAGGAAAUGAAACUGAAGCUAGCUGCAAAUAAAAAAGAAACGGUGAAGAUAAAAAAGCCACAACGGAAGUUAACGACGUAAAUAAAAAGUGGCGAUGAAAAAAAAAGUUAGUUACUGCGAAAAUAAAAGGAUGCAAAUAUAAAAAAGCCAUAAUGAAAGUGAGCUGCUGGGGACCAAUAAUGAUGAUGCACCGGUGUUUUACGAUCUACAAGAUCGAGAAGACAAGCGAAGGAGUGGAAAGGUUUUUGUUUAAUUUCGCUUCGUAAACUUUUUAAUGUGUCAUUUGAUUAGACCAUGUAGCUGCUGAGUCCAUAUGAAGUUGAACUGGAGGAUGUCGGUGUAGUGUUAGUUUCAGUAACUUUUUAUUUUUUCCAUCGACACUUUUUUUUUUACGUGUUUGCAGCAAAGUACGUGUUUUUCUUUUUGGCAUUGGUAACUUCUUGUUUUUUUGCAUUCUUUUUUAUUUGCAGCAGUGGCAGUUCUCGGCCACCGUACAUAUUGAUGUAACAACCCCCAAAAAUGUGUCUUCUUUUUUUUUUUUCUUAACCACAUAAUUUCCUACCCUCCCCAUUAUUCCCUAAGGAUACAGAACAGAAAGACAAAGAAAAAAUAAAAUAAAUAAAUGUAUCUAUAUAUAAAUAAAUAAAGAGUACAGAAUCAGACAAGUACUUUAAAAAGAAACAAAAUGAGAAAGUAAGUAAAUAAAUAAAACAAAAAAGUAAAAGGCAGCAACAAUGAUUUUAAUGAACUCUAUCCAAAUGUGUUUACGGCUUUAUAUGUGAUCAUAUUCAUAUAAAUGCAAACCUGCUAAAUUACUAAUAUCCAUCAGUCCCUCUCAAAGAAAUUCUCUUAUUUUGAAAAAUAAUGAAGACCAAAAAUCUUUAAAGAUUUGACCACAUUUGUAUUUUUCCAAGGCCGACAUUUGAUUCAUGAGGAGCUUGAAAAAAAAUCAUCUUUUCUAAGUAAAAGUACUAAUUUCCUGCAUAUCCUGCUUUUUUCCCGGUCCAAAUGAAGAUCCAUGCAUGUGUCAUAUUUACAUCUGUACAGAAUUUACAUAAUAAUCAGAUUUACUAAUAUUUACUGACGUCCAGGAGCUUUAGUUUGGAUGUUUCUCUGUUUAUUAAUGAAUGAAGGUCCACCUCCCUGUAACACUGAAGCUCAUCACAGGUCUGAUUCAGUCCUGCUGUUGUUUUAUCACGGCUGUAAUAGUAGGAGGAUCCAGCAGCUAAACUACAGACACUGAACAACAUGUAAUUAAAGUUAAUUUCUGUUUUAACCCGACGAUUAACACGUUAACGCCGACGGACGUAAUUACAGGACUGUCAUACAACAAGACGUCAGGAUCAUUAACACAGAAUCAGGUUCACUGAGGUGACGAGGAGUUAAAGACCGAGGUAGAUUUACAGAACCGCUCAGCAGAACCCUGAUGAGAGUAAGUGCAGCCGGGUCUCUUUCAGGAGAACCUCUGCCAGUCAUCACACCCCUUUACGGUUCCCUCUCAGUGAAUCUAUAACGGGCCGUAAUCAUCACUCAGGACUCUGUGGACCAUGAAGUGGACCUUCUCGGGUCAAAGACGCUCUCUGCAGACAGGAGCGUGUCCUUCCUCUUCUCUCGUGACUUUAAAAUCUCGCUCUCUUCCUCUGGUGUCGUGGAGUUGUCGAUUUCUUCUGCAGCCAAUUAACUGCUGUUUCCUUACGUCAGCGUUGGCGCCGCGCAGGGUCAUGAAAAAGAGUCAAACUGGAGAAAAUUCAUCCCCGGCAUGUUGAUGUUUUUAUCACACAGGUUCGGACUGAGACACACUCCUGCACAGAUGUUUUAACCUCCUCUAACGUUGAGUACAGGUGUUUGACGGAGAGAGAGUUUCUCUGAAGAUGUUCAUGAAGGAUCUGAGGGUCUUUUUUCAGUGAGGGGGGCUGCAGCUGUAGAAGUUCAUGUGUGGGGUUACUAAACCUCUGGUGAGCUGAAAAGAUAAUUUUUUUUUGGUAAAUAUUUAUUCUCUAUUUAACUUUGAAGUUCUUGUUGUUUUUGGAGAAAGGCCCUCCGGAGCCACCCUCAGUUUUUUCAUGUGAUGAAUUAUUAAAGUGUCUAAAACUCUUGGAUUAAUAAAAUCUACAAUCAGGAUCUGCUGGUUCUGAGUUCAUCUGUGAUUCGCUGCAGUCUGCUGCACCGUUUUUGCUGAAAAUGGUCGAACUGUGUUGCAGAUUCUGCACUUUUUCUGCUCUCUGUUGGUGCGUUUGAUCGUCACAUUUUUGGACGAGGCCGUUUCUGCAAACCCCAAGGUUUUACCCGUGCGUGAAUCUCAGAGGUUUGGUGUUGAAUCAUCAAUAGAAAAAGAGAAGAUGGUUGUGCAGACGGAGAGGAAGUGUCUGAAUAUGUGGAAUAAUGAGAGAAAACCCGAGUCCUCAGGGGGUUAAAUCUAAACCAGAUGAGAGUUAAAGAUUCAGACCUGAUCACAUGAUCAGAGGAAUGUUUGUUUACAUCAGUUCAUGGUCGUGUGAAUGACAGAAAACGAUAUUUUCAUCGUCACUGAAACGGGGCGCAGGAUCUGAGGGUUAAAUCCUGGAUGCGCUGAAUUCGGCGGAUCAACGAUUUCUCACACUGAGACUCGAUUCUCCUCUAAGCUGUCAUGGCGGCUGAGCGCCACGAACACGUCACUAAAAAUAACUUCUCCUUCGUCUUCAUCUUCCUCCCUCCCUCUCCUCAGCAGCUCCCCUCAUCUCUGUGUUCCCUGUCGCCAUGGAGACGGGAGCUUCACCGAGAGUGUAUGAUCUGAUUGGUCGGUUAUUAAGAAAUGAAAUGAUCCGCCCGGCUGCAGGAGACGGCCAAUCAGACGGCUUCCCUGCAGCAGACGAGUUUACAUCUGCAGACGGCGUCUUUAUUCCUCAUCAGUGAGAGGGACGGAGUAUUAAAGGGACAUUCUGGUGUUUUUGUAUGACGAGCAGACAGAGACAGAGAGCGUCUUCAUCGGUGUCUCUGUCUGACUCUUUGUCUCGUCUCCUUCAGGUGAAGAAGUUGACCAGGUACCUCGAUCCCAACGCUCACGGGAGGAUCAACUUCAAAGACUUCUGCCACGGCGUUUUCGCCAUCAAAGGUGAGAGACGUGCAGAGACGUGAGGCGAGGAAACCAGAUUUAAAACUGAACUUUAUCCGACCUCUCCCCGCAGGGUGUGAGGAGAUCCUGAAGAUGGCCGUGGGUCCUCGGGUCGCUCAGCCGUCCAAUCAGCCGUCUGUUACCGACAACGGUUACAUCUACCAGGUAUGUGAGAGAGAGAGGGAAAGAGAGAGAGAGAGAGAGAGAGAGGUGGAGGUGUGGCUUUGUCUCAGCAGCUCAGUUGUGAAUGAAGGAGUGUGUGAGAGUCUCUCCUGAACCUCAGUCAGCAGGAUCAUGGAGGACUCGUGUCCUCGGUCCUCCACCCCGAAGGAGACCGAACGUCUUUGUGGAUUUACUUACACUGUGACUGUGGACUGUGGUGGACACGGACACUCGGUUAGUGAGGUGUGAGUGAGAUGGGGGGAUGAAAAGAGGAUAAAUAUUUAAAGGAACGGAGGAUUCAGAUCUUUGAUCGUGUUGUUGUGUGUUUGGAUUAUUCAUAUUUUCACUUCACUGAAGGUUAAAUGUGGUUCAGACUUUUUAAAGGAUGUUUUUAAAAAGGUUUAUUUUCUCUCUGUUUCACCAGCCUGAGUUCAAACAUUUUAAAAAGCUGUUUCAUCUAAAAGAAACACGAUGAUCUGAUAAAAAAGGAAAUGUUUGACCUCUGAUCGGCCGCUCAGAGAGAGUUAACGUCUCUUACAUGAAGGAGUUUUUACUAAAAACACUUAAAUGUUUGUAUUUUAAGAUGAAAAGACUUUUUUUGGAGCUGGAUUAACUCCUCAGAUGAAACAGCUGAGCACAGGUGAUCCUCUCUCAGGUGUUUUCACUCUCAGGUGGAUUGAUUACUCACUGACGUCUCCUCGGUGUUGAUUCAAAGAAAACAGAGAAAAGUUAAAAUAUUUACAGAAAAUCUGAUUUAAAAACUGUAGAAAUAAAAGACAAAAUAAACAAAGAUGUAAAAAAAAUCAGAUUUCACUAAAAUAAAAACUAUAAUCUGGAAGAAUUUACCUUUUUGAGGAGAAACAGGGAAAAGGUCGUGACUCUGAGUUUCUCUCCCCGGAGUUUGAGCUUCAUUUACGUCCAUAAAGGUUUUCACCUGAUUUAACAUUCAGGAUGUUUUGAUGGAUUUUUUUUACACACGCCUCCUCCUUCAGACAAAAACACGUGUAUAAUUCAUGAAUGAAGAUUCACAGACGACCUCAGACUGAGGAGAGCGAGGAGACCGAACGUCUGCAGGAGCUUCUGGAAAAUUCUGUUUCUGCAGAAUCUUCAUUCAUCAGGAUAUCGACCGUUUUUAUUUCAGAUACAAGUGUGUUGAUUUGUCGUGUGUGUGUGUGUGUGUGGUUGUGUGUGUGUGUGUGUGUGUGUGUGUGUGUGUGUGUCACGUUCAUUAUUGAUAUCACACUCAGAUCUUCGUCGGGGUCAAACUGGAUUCAGGAGUUCAUGUUCGUGUUUUUGACUCUGACUCCUUUUAUUUAUUCGUCCAGAACGGCGAGGCCAAGCUGGCGCCUCCAAUCAUCAUGUGUACAAGAUCCUACCCAGAAUGCAGUGCUGACGGCGAGGUGGACAUGGACAGCAGCGCCGAGAACGCCAACGACUCCGACUCUCUGAACCCGACGCGACACGACGGGUGAGUGAAAGAGUCACAGGAAGGUCAGAAGGUCAGAAGACGGAGGAACACGAACCUGCAGCUUUAAUAAGAGUUACAUCCUGAUACUCAAAUAAUUCACAAACGUUUGAAUCUUAAAGUCUUUUUAGAUCUUUUUGAACUGAAAUAAAUCAAAAAUCAGUCUGUUUUCCUCUGACCCUCCCGCUCUGUCGUUUAGCCGUCUCAGCGGCUCUGCGUCUGCGUCCGUCAUCUCCGGCGAGGAGCAGUUCGAGGACUACGGCGAGGGUGAGGACGUGGACUUCACUCCCAGCAGUCCGUCUCCUGAAGAGGACUCCAGGACUAACGGUUUCUCCGACCUGGGAUCCUCCCUCCCCUCCAGGUCAGAGCGCCGACUCUGAAAAGGUUAAUUUCCUCCUGACGUAUUUUUGCAGUUUUCUGACGUUUCCGUGUUUUUGUUUUUUCCGACAGCGCCGGUCAGACUCCUCAGAAGAUGCGUCAGCUGUAUAACAGCGAGCUGUUGGAUAUCUACUGCUCUCAGUGCUGCAAGAAAGUCAACCUGCUGAACGACCUGGAGGCCCGACUACGAAACCUGAAGGCCAACAGGUACGGCGCCUCGACCGUGGGACUCUGAGUUUUAUUUUCAGCGUCGAUCUUUGUGUUUCCUGUUAACUCUGAUCUUUUUUCUCGCUGCAGCCCGAACAGAAAGAUCUCCAGCACGGCGUUUGGACGGUGAGUGACCCGACCUUCACGCAGAGUCAGACGCCCGUCCUGUGAAACACUAAAUCAUCUCUCUGUCACGUGUCUCUGUUUCUCGCUGCAGUCAGCUGUUCCAGGCCAACCACAGCGUGUUCGGCUCCAGUCAGGGCAGCAGCACCGAGGAUCUGUUCACCGACAGCAUCGACUCCUGCGACCUCGACAUCACCGAAAAAGUAAAAACGCAAACUCUCAUCAGACGUCAACUGACGACUCGGACACGCAGAGCGCUAAACCGUCACGUUGAAGCCUGUUAAACAAACCGACAGCUGACUAAACCGUUGAACUCUGAGUGACGUGACUUUGUGUCGGGACGUGCAGAAGGUUAAAUGUUCUCAGUCUGAUCUGAAGCCGCAGAUUUCCUAAACGGGUUUGUCUCCCUCAGGUGAGUUACCUGGAGAAGAAGGUGACGGAGCUGGAAGGAGACAGUUUAGCGAACAACGACCUGAAGUCUAAACUCAAACAUGAGAACACACACCUGGUACACAGGUAGGACACACACACACACACUUUCAGGAAAACUCACACCGUCAGGUUUACUGUUGUUAAAGACAAGGAUCGACAUUAAAUCUUUCCACAUGUUGAAAAAGUAAAGAGCUCACAAAAAACUUUAGGGGAACAAUGAAAAUUGAUCAAAUAAUGUUUGUCUUAUUGGUCGACAUCAUUAUUUAAAAUCAAUUUUCGGUCUUUUGGUCACAUGACAUGGAAGCGAUUGAAGAAAAUGUUCAAAAUUUUCCUUUAAAUUUAACACAAAAUUUUUGGAGGACAACUUAGAGAAACAAAGAGUGAGUCUUAGUCUACGUUCACCCUGCAGGUUCUGAUGCACAAUCCCAAUUUUUUGUUAAAUCCGAUCUUUUUGUGUGGACAACAACGACCAUUGCCAUUGCUUUCCACGCCUGUUUGUGUCGUCGAACAAUGGUGACGUUUGUCUCAUAUUGAUGACGUAAAGGUCGGAUGAACGCGACCUGAGCGUUCAGUCACAUCAGAUACAUAUCAGAUUUAUAUCCACAUACUAAAGAGGCCUGGGUCGGAUUAGAACCAAUCAGAACUGACCUGUUCACACUUAGAUGAAAAAAUCAGAUAUGAGUCACAGAUGAUUAAAAAAUCAGAACUGACCUGCAGUCUGAACGUAGGCUUAUCGUCUGAUCUCUGUGCUAUUAUUUAAAAUCAGUUUUAGGUCAUUUGGUCAUUAUGUAAGGGAAGCUAUUGAAGGAAAACAGCCUUUUCUGAGAACAUCAACACGUAAUUUAUUGACGGUCCCUUAUUUCAACACCAACGUUGACAGUGGGGGUGUCGAGUAGAUUUAACCGCGCUGCUGUUGUUAUUCCCAGUUAUGGAGAGUGAGAAGACACCGGUAGAUCCUCAGAGAAUGUCCUUCAGAUAUCCAACCUAAAACUAACUUCACCGCCGUAUUUACAGGAAAAUAUAUCCAACCUGAAACUAACUUCACCGCCGUAUUUACAGGAAAAUAUAUCCAACCUGAAACUAACUUCACCGCCAUAUUUACAGGAAAAUAUAUCCAACCUGAAACUAACUUCACCGCCGUAUUUACAGGAAAAAACAUUAGUUGAUUUUUUUUUAAGAGCACAUGUGACCCUAAAUACAUUUUACAAUUCGCACACAUCUAUUUUUAGUCACAAAUGUCAGUGAAACGGUCGCACUGUCGACCCCUAAAGGGUAAAAAAUAUAUCGCCUCAUGCAAAAGCUGCAGAGUUUAAUCGUUUUUCUGCGCUCUGCAUUUUUAUACAACCAAAAUGCAUUAAUCUUUCUGUGUGUGUGUGUGUGUGUGUGUGUGUGUGUGUCUCAGGGUCCACGAGCUGGAGGAGCAGGUGAAGGACGCGGAGACGAGGGCGGAUCAGACUCUGGAGGACGAGAUGAAGCGACACAGAGAGGCGUACACCAAGAUGGAGAGGGACAGAAACACGGAGAUAGAUCUGCUCUGUACCAGGUGACCUCCUCAGAAACACGCCGUGACGGGACGUUCACACCUGUACGGGUCUGAACACGAGUCUCAAACGAACAGAUCCUCCAUGAAAAGUCCUCCUCCUGCUGCAGACUCUCUUUUUGAAGGUCCCGCUCCUCUGUCAGGUUCUGAUGUUGGUGUUUCUUCUCAGGGUUCAGCUGCUAGAAGAAGAAAACGGUCAGAUGAAGUUAAACGUCUGCAGACUCAAGUCCCAGACGGAGAAACUGGACCAGGUGAGCUGGAUUCACAGAGAACCAGACCUCGUGUUUUCUGUUUUUUUUCUGACCUUCUCGCCGUUUUUUGUUUGUUUUGUUCAGGAGAAACAGAAAAUGACGGACAAGCUGGAGGACACGAGUCUGAGGCUGAAGGACGAGAUGGACCUCUACAGGAAGAUCAUGGACAAGCUGUGGCAGAACCGCCACGAGUUCCAGAAGGAGAAGGAGGCCAUGCAGGAGGUGACGAGCCCUGCUGGUUAUCAGAGGUACUGCAGCAGAAACAUGAACCUGUUCGCUCACUGAUCGUUUUUUUCUCUGCAGCUGAUCGACGACCUCCGUCGGGAGCUGGACUACCUGCAGUGUUUCAAACUGGAGAUGGAGCAUCCGGGGAAGGGGAAGAGUCUGUCUGAGCUCAACGCCAGAACCAGAGAGCUGGAGAUGGAGCACGAGGUCAAGAGGCUGAAGCAGGUAAAAACUGGACCGACCGGUUAAAUGUCGGUGAAUCUGAACUCCCCUCCGAUAAAUCUGUUUUCGUUUCUUCCUCCUCAGGAAAACCACAAACUGCGAGAUCAGAACGACGACCUGAACGCUCAGAUUCUCACUCUGAGUUUGUACGAAGCCAAAAACUUGUUCUCCUGUCAGACGAAGGCGCAGUGCCUCGCCGCCGAGAUCGACAACGCCUCCAGAGACGAGGUCAGUGAGCGCGGCGGUCAGAGAGGAGUUUCACGAAUGUUUCAAUUCAAUUCUUCUUCUUCACCUUCACUCAAGAUGAACUUUUCCCUUCCUUUCUCCUUCUUUCCUUCUUCUCUUCCUUCCUUUCUUCCUUUAUUCGCCUUUUUCUGUUUUUCACUGUUUUUUUUUUUCUGUCUGUCCUUUUUGUUUCCAUCUUCCUUUUCUUCUCUCUUUAUUUUCCUUCUAUUCCCUCCUUCUUUUCUCUCCCUCUCUCGCUCUUUUUAUUUUUGGCUUACUUGUUUUUCUCUCUACAAAUCUGUGUUUGACUUCCUGUUUUCUUUCUUCCUUUUCUUUCUCUUCUGUUUUGACCCCCCAUCUCUCCCUCUCUCUCUCUCUCUCUCUCCCUCUCCCUCUCCCUCUCUCUCUCUCUCUCUCUCUCUCUCAGCUGGUCGACGCUCUGAAGGAGCAGGAGGAGAUUAAUCUCCGUCUGCGGCAGUACAUGGACAAAAUCAUUCUGGCUAUUCUGGACCACAACCCGUCCAUCCUGGAGAUCAAGAACUAAACACACACACACGCGCGCACACACACACGUGCGCACACACACACACACACACGUGCACACACACACUCACACACUCACACACCUGUGUUAUCCUGUAGUCGUGGGUUUCUCAUCACGGACUCUCGGCUCCUUCCUCACGUUGAUAAUCAUGAAGAUUUCCGUUCUGGUUGUUUUUGUGACUCCAGAAUAAAAUGAUAAAAACUGGAUCGAUCAGGAUUUCACUGAUAAGAGGAGGAAAAGAAAAAACGUGUUUGAUUAGAUGAGAAUUUUAACUUUAAAGCGGAGCUUCAGUCCUGAAUGUCUUAAAUGUUCUCACUGGUGAAUUAAACAUGUUCACAGAUAUAAUCAAACACCGACUCUGAACAGCACCUGAACACGUCUUCAUGAGGAGAUCUUUGACUCACUGUAAAAGUUCCUGUGCCAUGUCUCAUCCGCUCACCUCAGUCUUAGAGUUAGUGAACAGAAUUAGGAUUUAAAGGAGCCGUUUAUCGCUCCAGGUUCAGAUUUUUACUUUAUUUCACUUCAAAAAAGAGAGAAAAUAUAAAAAACGUGACACUGAAGCACUCUCACGCUCUGUUUCCAGCUUCUCACCCUUUAAUUUGACGAGCGUUUACGUGGUUAGUGUCCGUUAAAGUAUCUGAGGGACGAUCCAGCGCUGUGACUCGCACCUUUAACCUGAACGACUUCCUCUUAGAGGGACGAUAACGUGCCAAAAGUGACGAUAAUGUGCCAAAUCUGAACUUUACACUGUGUUCACGCUGCAGAAGGGUCUCAAAAAGGUCAGUUUACCAGAAUAUGACAAACCAAAACCAGCUCUGAUUGGCCGUCAGCUGUCACAUGUCACCUGUGAGGCAGCAGCAGUUUAGCUUCUUCUUUAGUGCUCACAUCAGCAGGUUUUUAACCUGAAUAUAUGAGAGGUGAUCUAUAAUGAACAGGUGAUAAUGAGGGUUAUAAUCUGGACAGGGGGAGCAGACUUCACUCGACUUUAUCGUAGACAUAAAAGUCGACAUAAAAUAUUGAUUUUAAGAUUAUUUAUUAGUGCGGCUGUAGAAACGUUCCCUCCAGUUUAAACAAACUUUACUGCUCUCCUUUUCUGUAAACAAACUGACCUCAGCUGCCAGUGCACGGAUUGCAGGACAGGAUGUUUCUCCACUUUUCUCAGUCAGAGAUGAUCCUCACCUGCUCCAGCUGAAUGUCAGUAUCUCCUCACUCUAAAACCAGCCGGAGACGAACUCUGAGGAUCUGUGAAUAAAUCACCACUGAGGAGGUUCUGACCAAUCACAAUCAAGCAUUUAUCAAAGCCGGGAAUUAAUGAUAAAAAUCAGUUUAGUUUUUAAAAAAUCUAAACAAAACCAGUAGAGGAUUGGCAGCAAACUAAACCUCUUUAUUCUCGGGUUUAUCUGGAUUUAAAGUGUAACUGAGUCUCGCUCUGAAUUCUUACCUGACAUGAUUUCCACUCACACCGACAGUGUGGCGUAAAAAAAGCUCCUUAAACACGAUGCACUAACGCACAGGUGUGUAACCCUGAGGAGAGCACCAUAAAUUAAAGUUUUGCUUCAUUGCACAAAAUGUUCACCUCAUGAUGUUUUAUUUGCUUGUUUACAUUUAAGGAGGUGUAAAAAUCUGAUUUUUCCAUCGUUCUGAUUGUACGUGAUCUUUUUUUAUACUUGACAUUUUCACUCGACGACAGCGUGUUUGUGGUUUCAUACGUUGUAAAUGUUGUAUAGCUGCUAUUCUGUGCCCGUCACUCCACUUAUUUAAAGCGUAUCUCAGAGUUUUCACACUGAAUAAGAUAUUUGUUGUAAUCAGUAUUAUAUAGCACUCUGAAAGUGUCUUAGCCAAAUAUUUACCCUGAGGAUUAUUAUUAUUAUUAUUGAUCAUAAUGGAAAAAAAAAAAUCAUCCUGUCACGACUCAUGUGUUCACUUUAUUUUACUCGUGUGUUGCACAUGGAAUUAUGGGAGACCAAACUAAAUGUGUAAAUAAAAUUCACUCGCUUUGGCAUGAAAA